UCUAAUUUCUCCCUAAAAGAUGGCCCCUCCAGCUUCCAAAUGGUGGCAAGCUUCCGACGAGGCCGACCUGGACUACGGAUUCGAUUCUGACGACCUGGAUGCUAGAUUCGCCGAACCUGCUCGACUUCCUUACCGCCCGCGCACUCGCGAAGAACUCGAGCAAUUGGAAGCGCAAGCGCAAGCUCAGGCUCGAGAAAGAAAUAUUAGUGAGAAAGGAGUGUUCGGGAACAUGUCUUCCUGGCUUCAUCGGCAGGCCGGGUCGCAAACUUCCCAGCUUGCAACUACGGCGGUGCUGUCUGGUGCCGCCGUUGCGGGUGCGAUAUUUGGAUACCAGGCUUAUAAGAGGAAGGAGGCGGUCUAUGAUUUGAAGGCUUCUAUUCCGUCGCUCGAUGAUGAGCACCCGGCGACUAAACUUACACAAUACGGCGUUGCCGACAAUGGUAUUCCUUUGAGCAAAGAGGACGAGCGCAGUGCCGCUCUGGCUCGUAGGGCGCAGCAGGGAGACUACGAUGAUGAUUUGAUUCUAGAACAACUUGCUCGGAACCGCGUAUUCCUCACAGAUGAAGGCCUGGCGAAGCUCCGAGGAUCUUACGUUAUUGUUGUCGGCUGCGGUGGUGUUGGAUCCCAUGCCGUUGCAUCUCUGGCUCGUUCCGGUGUAUCCAAGAUUCGUCUGAUCGAUUUCGACCAAGUUACCUUGUCUUCGCUCAACCGUCAUGCUCUCGCCACACUCGCCGAUGUUGGAACUCCCAAGGUUCACUGCAUUAGGAGGCGCUUGGAGCAGAUCGCGCCAUGGGUGAUGUUCGAUUGCCGCAAUGAGCUCUUCGGCAAGGAUGCUGCAGACGAUCUUCUCGGUCCCUGGACACUGACCCAUGAAGGGGAGGGCCAUCGGCCAGACUAUGUAUUGGAUUGCAUUGAUAACAUUACGUCCAAGGUGGAAUUACUGCACUACUGCCAUACGAACUCUUUGCCCGUGAUCUCAUCCAUGGGUGCUGGGUGCAAGUCAGACCCGACCCGUGUCGUGGUUGGGGAUAUAUCUACGAGCACUGACGAUCCCCUCUGCCGUAGUACGCGGCGUCGCUUGAAGAUGCUGGGAGUCACUACUGGUAUCCCAACUGUCUUCUCAACCGAAAGGACCGCACCGGGCAAGGCCAGCUUGCUCCCACUUGACCAGGAUGAGUUCAACAAGGGCAAAGUGGGAGAGCUGAGUGUCCUCCCAGACUUCCGAGUCCGCAUUCUCCCAGUACUGGGCACAAUGCCGGCCGUCUUUGGCUACACCUUGGCCAACCAUGUCAUCUGCAGCGUGUCCGGCUACCCGAUUGACUAUAACACCGCCGGCAAGGGCCGUGAAAAGCUGUACGAUACCAUCUUGGCUGCUCUAACAGGCUUUAUGGAGAAGCAAAUCCGCCAAGUCGGUGGUCAAGAUCCCGUAGGCCUCCGUCUACCCAUCAGCAAGGAUGACAUUCAAUACAUGGUGGAGGAGAUUUUCAGAGGCAAGAGCGUUGUAACUGGUCUGCCGAACCGGCUGACGCUGAUCCCUUGGGAGGUGCCAUCGCAAGGAUUUGAGAUGGAUCUUACCUGGGAGAAGGACGGACAGAAGCUCUUCAGACUCGAUGCGGCGGAGUUGGUCUGCAUGACCAAAGAUGAGGCGACACGUCACGAACGCGAGGUCCUGCGUGGAGGAAAGAAGGUCGAGGAAGUCUAUGACGAGACGGUCUUGAAGCGGGUGAGCUUGCGGAAAAAGGAAACUGAGGAGUGGAAGAAGCAGGUUGAAGAGUACUUCCAAGUGCAAUAGCUUCUAUGAUAGUUGAUGAAAUGAAAAACAAUUAGCGGCAUCACUGAAAUACAUAUUGACU